UCUGUUGAUGUCUCACGACCUAUUUUUUUAAACCCGCCCCUAAACCCGAUUAAUGCUGUAUUCCUGACCUUUUUAUACAGAUACUCUGGACUUGUUUUGGUGCCUUAUUUAUUAUUAUUUUUGUUUGAACUGUGCUAUAUAAAUACAUUUGGGGAAAGCACCAUCUACAAUAGGUUUGUGUUCUUUGCUCUUUGUCAAAUCAAGGCUUUGGUCUCGUUCUUCCUGUUUCCUUACCUCACAAAGACAUCAAACAGCUACUCUGAGCCAAGGAAUGACGGGCUCGCUAUUACUGGCUGGCUUAGUCGAAGCGGAUGUUGGCAGCCAGCGUGGAUUUGUGCAUUUUGUGGCACUGAGACAAGGGCAGAACAGACAACGGCCAAGAUGCAGCGAGGGAUGCUCGCUAAAAGCCGCCGCUCCUCCGCAUCGACGGGAGCCAGAUGAGGUGGCUGAGGCAUCUGAUUCGGACGCCUCCCGGACGCCUCCCUGGCGAAGCGUUCCGGGUACGUCCCACCGGGAGGAGACCCCGGGGACGACUACUUCCCCCGUGACCCGACCUCGGAUAAGCGGUAGAAAAUGGAUGGAUGGCAGAAUAUAGAUAAUGGUGAAUAAAAACAACAUGGCUUGCUCUAAGGUGAGAUGCACAUCAUAAGAUUCUCAUAAAAUGUGCAGUCAACACAUGAUGAUCUGGCCGGGUCUGGGUCUGGGUCUGGUUGGUGCACCCCCAACCCACCCCUGCAAGGCGGGAACCCCCCGCCCUCACGUCAGCGGCCAUGCUGUGCCAAAGACCGUGCCUGAAAGGCUUUUUGGACGCACAUCACCAGUGUCCGCAAUGUCGGGCCUCGCUCGCCUCCGGGGAGGAAGUGAAACGUUUAUCUACCAACUUCAUCUUGCUCAGCCUCGCUGAAAAAGCCAAACUAGAAGGGAUCGGCACAGAGCAGCUUACAGGAAAACCCGAGGUUGCUGACAUGUGCCUGGAGCAUGACGAGAAGCUGAAACUGUAUUGUGUGACUGACAAGCAGCUGAUUUGCAUCAUAUGUCGAGAUUGCGAGCGGCAUGGAGGACACGCAUUCAAACCCAUCAAAGAAGCAGCCGCGUCUUUGAAGAACAAGUUGGAGGAAGGACUGUGCCACUUUGCUGUAGAUAUAAAAAAUUUGGAGAGCUUGGUAAACGCUCAGAGGGAGAAGAUAGAGGCAACUAAACAGAGGUCUUGUCAACUGCUGAGCCAAAUCAGUGCGCAGUUUACAGAGCUGCACCAGUUUUUGGAAAAGAGAGAGAAGGAGGUGAAGGAUGAAGUCAAACUCCAAGAGAACAAUGAUGUGGUGCGAAUGACCAAAAUGCUGAACACUAUGGCGGCAGCGCUGUCCGAGAGUAGAGCGAUGCAGGGUAGAGCGGCCUCUUUUCUGGAAAUUUCCAACCCUGAGAAGUUUUUGAAGGACUGGGUUGAAUAUAACGGCGUGAUAGUGAGCGUGAACGAUUACAAAGUGGUGGAAGCCUCUCUUUACUUGGGACCUUACGAGACUCACCUGAAGUUUUUGGUUUGGAAAGAGAUGCUUCAGGUGAUAAAGCCUCGAGAAGAACAGCUUGUGCUCAAAGAACAGGGUCUCGGGCUCACUGUGUCUAGUGAUGGACGCAGUCUGCUCCAUAGUUUCCACAGUCAAAUGCAAUUUCCAAACUCACUCAAGAACUUCGGAGGUGACUAUCAGAGAAGCCCACGCUUUGCCUUCAGACAAGAUGGCAAUCUUUUAUAUGGGGGAUUUGCCAGCAGCGAGAACACAUUCACGUCAGGGCAGCACUACUGGGAAAUUGAAGUCGGCCAAAUUGGCCUAACUGGCUUUUGGGAAGUGGGGAUACGGGAUCAUAUUAUCAAAUAUGAUGCUGGAAAUCUUUCCACCAGUUGUCCAGAAGGUGUAACGCCACUAACUCUCCAAAACAUACCACGAAAGAUCGGGAUUUAUCUGGACUGCUCAUCCCACAAACUCGCUUUCUACAACGCGACCGACAUGACACACAUCCACACGGUCAGCACGAAGGACUCGGCAGAAUCCUCAACUUCAGCUUUCCUAAAAAUACAAUACAGAACCCCAAAUAUCAUCCCUUUUACAGCCUCUUGGUACUAGUUGCACUACUCAACAAUAAUAUCGUUGUUGUCCAAACUUGUAAGUCCGUUACUCCGCCUCAAUACAACACUAGCAUGGAAACAGGAGCUCAUAACGUUCAGACAGAUAUUCCUUCACAAUAUUAACAUUUUAACAUAGCAAUUUCAUUAUUUGAAUGUUGAUUUUCCUUCAAGGUGAAUCGUGAGGCUUUUUUUGUUGUUGUGUGUGACAAAGAAUUCUUGGUUCUGUUUGUACUGUAUAAAUGUAUCCGAAAAGCAAUGAGGCCCAUAUUUUUUUCCCCCCCCUACACAGUUAGUACCACCACCAGAACUGCCCUUUGGCUGUACUACUGCUUUAUUUUAAUUUUAUAUUCAACAAAAGUGGAAUUUUGUUUGUUGUAUGGCCUGUACACCUACAUGAUGGCGUGGUGUGGCUGUCACCACAAGAAGGCAGUGUUGUUCAGACAUUACUCUCGUGAUCAAGUCUCUGUCCCCUUAAUCGCUUUUGAUGUGCAGAAUUAAAAAUAUACAUUUCCCCUGAACGUUUUCAUGUAUGUAGAUUUUUUUUUAUUUUAUUUUUUUUGUGUGUAGGGGCGGGGGGAAUUUAUGUUCUUGGGAAUUCCCCUCAACAAGAACUGAAUAUUGCAUUUUGUGCUGUUUAAUGUGAUGUUGAUUUAUUGUGAAUGCACAUUAACGCAUACAAAUGCAUUGUACAGUAGUUAUUUUUGUCUCAUCUGAACUGCUAUUUUGUGUAUUAACAAUGCCCGAAUAUUUUAUAAAAGUUUAAACAAAUAAAAGUGUUGCACAGCAAAUUCGGAAGUGUGAAUUCAACUGAUUGAAAGUUGACUUUAAACUUUGAACUUUGAGUCCACUCUGGAUCCUGUUUGAGUAACACUUUUGAAAGUGUGAAUCACAUAAUACGUUGCUUUAUUGAUAUAAAAUGUCCUGCUACUGGUGUCCUGUUAAAAAAAAUAAAGUACAAAUAGGAA